AUGUCCAAGCAGAUUGGUCUCCCAGCAGCUGACAAGAGCGACUCCAGCUCCUCUGAGUCGGAAGAGUUGCCUUUUCCUGCUGAUACUGAAUCAUUGGUCGACAAUGAAAGCUUAUCCAAGCCAGAGAACCAGCAGCCGUCUAACUUGCCCUGCGACUCCGACAGAGAGGCCAAGAAAGCAGACAGCGAUGAAUGUACAGCCCUAGGCCCACAGCUGGGAGGCCACAGCGACGAUGAUCCUGAUUCUGGCGGGUGGGAAGUCAACCGAUCCAAGCGUUCACGCCAUAGCGUCCCACCUGACCGGGACCAGAGUGCCACCACCACUGGAUCCAAGCAAAAUAAAAAACGGAAACGAAAAUCUCCUGAGAGUGGCCAACAAGUCCUGCAGACCAUCACCCUGCAACUCGACCAACCCCCUCCUUCAUCGCAUCACCACCGACAUCACUACCAGCAACACCUUCAACAACAAAUACAACAUCAACUACUACCACCACACCCUUCCCAUCACACAACACCACCACGCCCACUAAUGCCACCGGAGGAUGCUCGACGGACAAUUGAGCGACGCCGCCGUACACGCCAAACCCGCCGUUGUCGCACCCCCGCUUUCAUCGCCAGGUCUCGGCGACGGGCCGCAGCUCGCCUUCAACAGCGGGCCCGACCCCGGGCGAUACCACCCCCACCGACCACACCCCCACCGACCACACCUCCACCACCACCGCCACCGUCGAACCCGUCUGGCCGGUUCGAUCGCUUUAACCAGGAUUCAGAACUGGUUUCAGAGGCCGACUGGUCCGAUGAAGAGUACAACCCUUGA